AUGAAUGAACUUAAUUUUGAAGGUUAUGGUCGAGAAUUUCGGGAAAGGCUUUUGGGGCGCUGGGGAAUUGUUGAUGUUGAUGACUGUUGCAGUUGUGCUAGAUUUUUGGUGGACAGCGGUAAGGCAGAUGAGCAACGACUUUGUAUAACUGGUGGUUCUGCUGGUGGCUAUACAACCUUAGCUGCUCUAGCUUUUAGAGACACAUUUAAGGCUGGAGCUUCCUUGUAUGGUGUUGCUGACUUAGGCAUGUUGAAAGCAGAAACUCACAAAUUUGAAUCUCAUUAUAUGGACAAUCUUGUUGGGAGUGAGAAGGAUUUCUUCGAAAGGUCACCAAUCAAUUUUGUUGAUAAAUUUUCUUGCCCCAUAAUUUUGUUCCAGGGAUUGGAAGACAAGGUUGUACCCCCUGAUCAAGCUCGUACAAUCUACCGGGCACUGAAGGAAAAGGGUUUGCCUGUUGCUCUUGUGGAGUAUGAAGGAGAACAGCAUGGUUUCCGCAAGGCUGAGAACAUUAAAUUCACAUUGGAACAACAAAUGGUGUUUUUCGCACGAUUGGUUGGACACUUCAAUGUUGCAGAUGAAAUUACUCCAAUCAAAAUCGAUAACUUUGACAGCUAGUAUAAUGGUAUGCGGUUCUGAAAAAUGGGGUAACUGCUUGUAACAAAGUUGAGUCGAGGCAAUGCAUCAUAUAAUGAGUUAAAAGAGCCUCUUACAUCAUGUAAUGAAUAAAUAAAUCAUUCACUUUGUUUUACUUUGGCAUCAUGUAAUGAAUUUAUCUUAGAGAAAUUAUCAUGUAUGGGACUAAUGGCUAACUGCAAUGCAUGCUUGUGAAGUUGCCGUAGUA